CUUGAACUGUCAAACAAAAUUAUUACGAUAAUAGGAAAAAAAUACAAUCAAACAAUGAUAAAAUGGAGAUAUUCUUAAGAUUUGUACCAUUAAGACCAAUAAGAUUAACUGCUUCUAGAGUGCUAGUAUCUCAAGUCGCUCAUUACACUAGAUUGGCUGAAGUAGGUAAAUUAGAAGCACCAAAGUCUUCUGGAAAAUAUGACACUGGGCAGUUGAUUUUGCACAAAGUGUUUGGAUAUAGAGGUGUGAUUCUGUUUCCUUGGUUAGCGAGAGUGUACGACCGAGAUGCAACCAAUAAGAAAGAGAACACUGAACCAGCCAGUACUACCGACACGUCUGGAGAUUCCCUGUCCAACGUGGGCAAAGAGGUUAAAGGCAGGACCCACACAUUCUACCAAGUCCUGAUUGACACAAGAGAUGCGCCUUACAUAACUGUGCAAACAAACAUCGAUAUGCGACCUGAAUGGAAGAGAAAGCGCGCGCAAACAGAGGCGGUGACGUUCCUGGGCAACCAGGAGUCCAGUCGCAGCCUCUACGCCAUCCCGGGGCUGGACUACGUGGCGCACGACGACAUUAUACCAUACACGUCGGUGGAGAGGGUCCCGCUACAGCACGAGCUGUUCGACAAGUUCCUUAUGCACAAUCCUGAUAAAGAUCCACCAUUCAUAGCUCAAGAGACGCUUCGAGCCUGGCAGAAGAAGAACCAUCCGUGGCUGGAACUCAGUGACGUACACCGCGAGACGACCGAGGGCGUGCGUGUCACCGUCAUCCCCUUCUACAUGGGCAGUCGCGAGUCGCAGAACUCCGCCGUCUACUGGUGGCGGUACUGCAUCCGUCUGGAGAACCUGGGCGCGCAGGCGGUGCAACUGCGGGAACGGCACUGGCGCAUCUUCUCGCUGAGCGGCACGCUGGAGACGGUGCGCGGGCGCGGCGUGGUGGGCCAGGAGCCCGUGCUGGCGCGCCACUCGCCCGCCUUCCAGUACAGCAGCCACGUCAGCCUGCAGACGCCUAGCGGGCACAUGUGGGGUACGUUCCGCAUGGAGCGCGAAGACGGCUACACAUUCGACUGUCGCAUCCCGCCUUUUUCGCUCGAAAGCAAGCCUGACGAGGGCGUCACGCCGGCGCCGACGCCUGCCGCGUGACCGCCGCCCCUUACUGCAGUGGGACCGCCCCUUCUAGCCACGUGACAGACCUUCCAGACACGUGACUGCCCCUCCCAGUCACGUGAUCGAAACCGCCCCUUUUCCUUUUUGUUCGCAAGUUAAGUCCCGCGCCCACUGGCUGGAUAAGGGAUUUUUAGUUAACAAACAUACCUUAAUUUUGUUGUUUAUAAUUCAAUAUCAUGGUUUGGGUUAUAAAAAUUUCGCUACUUAAAAUCCCUAGUCGUGCCGUCCUGUCAGUGAGCGUCGGGCCUUACUGACUCCGCCCACAUCUUGCUACCGCAUGACGCCUGCGCAAUAUAGUUUAAAUCUUAUAGAAUAAAUAUGGACAGACAGAUUCAUUGCAGUCAUUAUAGAUAUUAAAAUUAUCAGACGAGAAAUUUUACUGGAUUUGGCAGGGGAAGGUUUGGAAAGUUGAAUAAAAUCAUAGGACGUCGUUUCGCUGUCAGUUGGAUCAGUCACGUGUUGGAUAUGUGUGUCACUGGUGAAAAAUAUGAAAUAGACUAUAGUGACGAUGAUUUGGGCGUUCUCAAGAUCAGUAAAAUUUUAAUGGUUUUGGCUUGACAGUUCGCUUCCUCGGUGAUCUAAGUUAUUCAUAUUCUUGAGUUUGUCGUAACUAUAACGCGAGGCUUCGUCUUCGCAUCUCAUAUUGAGACGGAUCUGUAUCCAGUGACGUAAUGUAGAACUUAUCAUUUAAAUUUUUACAUCGAUAAAAUCGAAUAAGAUUUUUUUUAUAAAAGUGCCGAAUAAGUAAUGCAUUCAAAGUUUUUUUUUAAUAAAAUAGCCUCAGUUUAUAGUUACGCAUAUACUGCUAGGAUAAAUGCAAGAUAUUAUUAUGCAGCAGAAUAAGUUAAAUACUAUCCUACUUAGCUUGCUAGUUCUGCGAAAGAAAUAAAAAAAAAUAUGGGAGGAAGUAUUCCUGCCUUUUUGUUUCAUAUAUUCAGGGCAAGUCUUGCAUUGUUAUAAUUCGUUGAAUAUUAGUUAUAAAGCUAAAUUCCAAAUCGCGAUCAAUCACAUCGGUUCUGUUACAAAUCGAUAAAGCAAGAUAAAAUAAAUUGACUGCAAAAUUGUGAAAUAUUUUGUUAUUUUACCUGGCUCAUGAUAAAAAUAUUUUCCAUAUUCAUGACCAUUUUUUCGAAGCUCUUGCUUGAUGUUUGUAGCAUAGCCGUAUGGAGUCUCAGAAAUGUUGACAAAAUUAAAAUGAUCUAUAAGAAAAAAAAACGAAACACAUGACACUGGAACAGAUAUAUUUCUUGUGAUAUUUGUUAGCCAAUUUUUAGGAGACCUCGAUAUUGAAAUAAUUGCAAUGUAAGUUUUAUUUAUUACACUAGAUACUGAUGUGAAACUAGAUAGAACUAAAUAUCCACUUGUUAUGUACCAACAAAUUACUUAGUCAUUUUUAAUUUUAAUGAUUAGAUCUGUAAUAAAUUACAGUAUUCUGUUACA